GCCCUACCUCGAGCACCACAUUCUUUUACGGUCGAAUUUAAGCGGAAUACGUCUACUGCAGACAUAAAUGUCACUUUUCAAGAUUACUAAGAUUCGGAAGAACGCAAAGUUUCAAACUGGGCGACAUCCAAAGGCUCUGUACCUGUUGAUUACGCCCGUAAACGGUGGCUUGCUUGUUCCGGGGCCACCGCACUUCCACACGUAGUGCGGGAAAGGUAUUUUCGCGCCAUCGCAUUGUUGCUAGCCAUCCGUGGCGGAUACAGGCGGAUGCUAUACACGCUUCCUCUAUGUGUUUCAUUUAGGCUAUUUUAGAAAACAUAUAUUGUUUUAACUGAAUUCAUAUGAGAUUAUUGUACUUCUUACACGUACUGUUGUGUUAGUGGACCAAUUUUUAAAGUUACAAGUGGUUUAGUGAUUAAAGAUCAUCGAAUCCUUGCCAUCUCGUAAUUAUGUUGUAACGGAGCUUGCUUGCAAAGCCAAGCUCGUCGAACGAAACAAAAGACUGCAUUUAGAAGCAUUACUUCAUUCUGUUAGUCAUAUUUACCAUGUAGGAUUUUAUAAACGCCAUCAUUUCGUCUGCAUUGGUCCAAAAUUUUGAAGACUCGCGCACUUGUUCAGCACUUGGUGCACCUCACUGUUCACCAUGCCACGAGGCAGAAGGACUGUUCACCUGAACGAUGAGUCAGUGGUGAAGAUGGCAACGCCAGACAUGGCCACAGCCAAGCUAGGUUCUGAACGAUAUUACUCACUUCCCUUGGACUCAGUUAUAGAACACACUACUGCAAUUAGUCCAGCAUCACCUUUCCAACAUCUUCUAGACCACGAAUACGGUCAAACACCUCAAGAUCAGAUAAUUCGUCAACCUGUUGCUAUACCGCCUCGUUCACAGGCGGUCAAACGCCGGUUAAACCUGGAGCCUCGGAGCGAAGAUGGGUUCAAGACGCCCAAAGUCACAAAGAGAAUGCGAAGCAUUUCCAACAACAGCUCCUACAAUAGUCCAGCACCCAAAGGGAAAAAUAAAACAGUUGAGAGGACUCGAUAUGACACCUCUUUGGGACUCCUCACCAAAAAAUUUGUUGGACUGUUGGAGAAUAGUCCUCAUGGUAUUGUUGACCUCAACGUUGCGUCGGAGAAAUUGGAUGUUCAAAAACGAAGAAUAUACGAUAUUACCAAUGUUUUGGAAGGAAUUGGAAUCUUGGAAAAGAGAUCUAAAAAUAAUAUACAAUGGAGGGGUGGGCAGAUGCCCAACAACGGUGAUUCUCAGUCCCGUUUAAGGGCUGAUGUAAACAAUUUAAUGGCUAAAGAAAACAUUUUGGAUGAACUUAUAAGAAAUGCUGAACAAGAUCUGCGACAAAUGAGUGAGGACAAGCGCUAUGCAUACAUUACUUAUCAGGAUUUGAGAAGUAUACCCUGCUAUGCAAAUGAGACAGUUAUGGCUAUUAAAGCACCUCCAGAAGCCAAACUGGAAGUACCUCAUCCCAGUGGAAAUGGUGGUCUACAAAUGUACAUGAAGAGUACUAAUGGAGAAAUUGAAGUAUUUCUAUGCCCUGAUGAUGCUGGAACUAAUGAUCAAGACAUUAAACCUAAUACGUCUCAGUUGGAUGAUCUUGCUGUUGGUGAACACUACAUUGAUGUACCAACCCAACAAAUGGUUCCUAAUCAAUCUUGUCCUGCACUAGAGGCGAAUGAUGUGGUAUCUGUUAUUCCUGACACUAAUAUAGACCUAGCAGCUUUGGGAAUGUUACUGAAGACUGAAAUGAAGAGUGAGCCGACCUCUGCUAAUAAUGAUCCAGUUUCUCAGGAUGAAGGCCACAGUGAAGGCUCUCUGGAUGCGUCACAUAGACUUCGUAAUGCUUUAAUCAGUGAAUCUGAUGAUUUUGGUCCUAUGGGAGGCAGAUACCAAUUACAGACUGAAGACCAACACAAUAACAGCAUAACAGAUGCUGAUUCAGCUUUAACCAGCAGUGAACCAUUUUUAUCUCUGGAACCACCUCUUACAGAUUUUAACUUCAGCCUAGAACCUUCGGAAGGCCUAACUGAAGUCUUUGAUUUUCUAUUUUGAAAUGAAAACCAAGGUACAAAAGCUUUGCCAAUCCAAGAGAUAUUUUUUAUAUGUGGACUUAUAUUGGUGUAUCAUACUGUUGUUUCUGUAUGCUCUUGUGACAAUAUGUGAACACUCUUUCUACAAUUUUUUGAUGUGUUAGGCAGUUGGAAACAAAACACAACAGCAAAACAUCACAUCUUUUACAAGCAUCUGAACUGCCAUAAUGUAUAGCCAUUAAGCAAAUUUUGAAUGCUUUAAGAAAGAAGCUUUCAAAUGUUGUCUGCUUUUUUUAUAGACACUUUUUAAGGACUCAAUAGUCUUGGUGCCUUGUGUUUUUUUACACACAUAUAUGUAUGUAAUAACAUUAAGUUUGUAUAUUUUUCUGUAUGCGUGAGUUUUGAAUGCAUGUAAGCUAUGUUUACCCUCAUCAGUGUAUGGCAUUGAUGUUGAUCUAUUUGUGUGUACCUGUUAAUUUUCCUGUAAGAAUUAAUGUGGAACCUUUAAUGAAUUGGGAACUACUAGAUGAUUGGCUAUUCAUUGUAUCCUUAAUGCACUGUAAUUAUUGAAGUAGGCUGUCUUGAGCAUGUACCUUCCUCUCAAAUUUGCACACAGCCUGAUUUCUAAAUGUAACAUCCUAUUUUGGGAGGAACAGCAAAGAAGUAAAUGUGCUGGAUUUCUUUCAAACAUGCAGCCUUUAUGAACUUUAUCAACCUUGGAGUUAAAUGAACUAUUUGUGGUUUCUAAUUUUCUAUCUUCUGUGGUGCUGUCAGAAAAUCCAUUGUUAAGUCCCUCAAAUGAAUUUUGGAAGCUCAUCAAAAUUUCCUAAUUAUUUUCUAAUUUUUAUGUUAUGUACUGUCAGAUGUGUUUUUUAGUCUGUCUUCCAAUGUUCCUUUGGAUACUUUGCACACGGUCUCCUGCAAUUGGUGACCUUCUAAGUAAUGUUAUCUAAGAAACAAAUUAUGUUGUAUACCUUUUUCUGGUAUUGAUUUUAUAUGUUAUGAAUCAAGAAAUUUCUUAAUUUUUAUGCCCACUACAAAUGUAUUUGGAAUAUUGCCGAUAUCUGUCUCAGACUCCACCUCUUUCUGCUAGAUUGGCCUGAUCCACCUUCCAUUCCAUUGUAUGACUAAUAUGACUACAUGACGCAGUUUUGGCAUGUUAUUUCCUCCUCAUUGAGAGAAGACAGUGCAGGCAAUUGUGGUUCAUGUUAAUGAGAUAAUUGCUCAACAAGUUUCUGGAAUUUAAGGUACAAAUGUAAUUUUAUUCAAGCAUUAAUCAAUAGUUACCCAAGCCCAGUUUUCUUUCCCAGUUCUGUUUAAAUCUCCUUUACAUUAAUUUAUGACACUGCUCCUUUUACAGUGCAAAUAUAUGUGUGAGCGGGAUUGAGCCCUCAUCAGUAAUUGUUGAGGAGUGAACUGAAAGUGUGCUAUGCUGGUAGAAUAUGUAUGUGACAUUUUGCAUGUAUUAUUUUACAUUUUUUAUGCACUGUUUCACAUAUCAUGUAACUGGUGUACUUGUGUAUAUACGUAUUUAUCAAAUGAUACAUAUGACUAUGUAACAAUUCUUGUGCAAAUUUACAUAUUGGUUUUUGCACAUUUCAUUAUAAUUGUCCUUGUCUUGUUUUCUUGUUUGUUCAGGCAGUGAAUGUGAACUCAAGCAGAUUUGUUGUAUUACCAACCUUUUUGUCAGAUUUUUUUUCCAGAGGCUAGGUGUAGUUUUUCCUUGCCGCUACCACAUUCUACAUUUUUCAGAUGCAACUACUAACAUUUAGCAUUAAACAAAUAUGUCAUUUGAGGGGGGAAAAAGUUCAUUCAGUGUGCUUCUGUCUUAACUUGUCUGCACAACUCAGUUAGUAAUUUGUUCUCUUCACAACAGAUUAGGUGGAGUGUGUUCAAGAACUCUCUGGUUCUGGUCAGCUUAGCAUUGUAAUAAGAACUUGUGAGGGCGAUGGAACAUCCUCUCUUGUGAAAAUGAACAUGCAUAGUUUGACUGUCAAAAUGAUCCUACUAAUUAGGAAGUUUUCAACUGCAUUCUGCUUGAGUGUACAGCUCCGGCUUGUAACUAAAACAAGAGCACAUGUUGUAUUCUUAAGUUUUACCUGACAGGAAAUCCAUCAUCUCCCACUUUGUUGAUGCCAUAUUGUCCAUAAUUACCCCCUCCCCCUCUUUCUCUCUCCUCAAAUUUCUGAAUUAGCAAUAAUACACUGACCAGGUAAGACUGUUGAUCAGUUAUUGUUUCCCCUGUGACUUCUUUAAGCUUGGAAGAUUUUAAUAGCUUUUAUUUUGGGAGUGAUUCUAUCGUUGAUUACCUUAAUUAGAUGUGUAUUUUUAAUUUGAAUAGCUGUUUUAUCUUUUCGGUCUUAAGCUCUCAACCUUGAAAAUUUACCAUAAACAGAGUUAAUCUACUUCUACAUUAUUAUGUUUUUAAGUGGCUUGUGUACUACAAUAUGGAGCUGAGUUGUCUCAAAAUUAUCAGAGGCAGUACAGUUCAAUGUUUUGUCUGACUGAUCUGGUAGUGGUAGCAAAUUUGUUUCAUUUGGCCUUUAUUACUUACCAAGCAAUUUUUUAUCUCAAGAUUGAUUCUGUUCUGGUCAUUCAAGUACUGGAAUGUUAGGGGUAGCCCAGCACCCAGCAUUUGUGUGACUCACCCACACAAAUAUUGUGACAGUUCUAGUCUUCAUCGUCCAAUUCAAUAUAAAACUCAAUUGUGCAAUGUUUAUGGUGCAGUUUUUAAAUGUUAAUUUCUUUGAUGUUUCUUAUAUGCAGACAACUUCUGAUGUGCUGCAGUUGGAUACAGGAACGGGAUUUUGCCAUUUGACUUCUUGUUAAAGUCUGAAUUCACUAAUUCAUCAAACAGAUUUUGUAAUAAGUGUCUAUGUUAUACUGUAGUAGUGAAGUAAGUCAAUUUAAAUGUAAUUGGUUAGUGGUGGUUUGUUGUUAAUUCUGUGAAAACUGGUGUCAGUUUCCUAAAUUGGUCUCAAAGCCUGUACCACUGUAUUAUAUUUUCAUGUUGAAGUACUGUAUAGAAUAGAAACAAGCAGUUUUAUUGAUUUGUAAUGAAAAGUUUAAAUUGGCAAUAAUUUCAGAUCCUUUUAAAUCAAUGCUUGUAUAUUUGAGCUUUUAAAAUAUUAGAACUUUUGUUGAGACAUUCUCAACUGAGGUUACAAAUAUAAAUUCACCAAUUUUUGAAAAA